UGAGUCGGCGCACGCAGAUUGUUCCUAUUUGAUGACAUCAUUGUUUGAUGUUAAGAGAAUCAGGGAGCAGCCACACUGCUCCUUUGAAAGAUGUCAGGCAGGAAAAAGAAGAAAGAUUUGAGCAGUUCUCCAAGCAAGGGGGGUUUUCUCACGCGCACCCUCUUCCAAAAGCAGCACUAUGGACGCUCGGGGGAUUUCGGUGACCCUAUCCGUUUUUUUGUUGUAAAACUGCAUAUAGUUGAAACUGAAGAGACUUUUUCCAUGUCUUCAUGUCACUGCGACUUGCUAAUCAGCAAUCUGAAGUCCCGGAUAGAGGUUUUCGUCGGGAUCCCUGUGAAUUUUCAGCGCCUCCAAUAUCUGGAUGAAGUGGAUCUCUCUGACAAGUCUACACUUAAAGACAAUGAUAUUGUCAGUGGUGUAACCAUCACCAUGCGCAUCUGGUCCCAAGAUGCUUGGGGCCGCCUCGUGAGGGCAGCUGUGAACGGAGAUACCCACAAGCUGCACAAUUUAGGAGCUACAAAGACCUCCUCGUUUCGUACGGCACAUUCAGACCUGCUGAAUCCAGACAAGAGGGCAGAGUGGUUAGCGCACCGAAGUUUUGUGGCCUUGUUCUUGACUGCACGCAGAGGCCUUCUGAAGGCGAUGGAAUUUCUGCUUCAAAAUGGUGCUGACCCGAGAUACCAAACUCCGCUGGGUAGAACAGCCCUUCACGCCGCUGCCGCAGGGGGCCAUCUUGCCUGCAUAAAUGUUCUUCUUACUUACAAAGCUUCCGUCACUGACGAGGACUGUGCUGGAAUUACUGCUAUGGGGAUGGCCAAAAUGUGGGGCCACAAAGAAUGUGAGCGCCACCUCUUUCAGUGCCAGUGGAAGGCUCGAAAGGCUGGCACUCGUGCCGCUGCCAAGCCAAAACCGUGAGGGAAAAUAGAAACUGGAUGCAUGCUAAUGCUGGGAAAGGGCCAGAUUCUUCAUUGAGAAGGAAUUACUUGGCCCGUGUUUCUUUCAGACAUGCACUAUUAUUGAAAUA